GCGAUAGUCAGCAACAUACUGUGGUGGCAGAUCAGCGGGGCGGUACGCGCAGCAGGAUAAAGCCACACUGUAUUUCAUCCAAAAAAGAACCAGAAAAGGGGGCGCAUCCCACCAUUUCUGGAGUUGCAACAACUUCGCCGGCCUGGUGUGCUGAUUUCUGAAAGCUGGCCGUGGCUGCACACCGGGAGAACCGGGACAUACGGAACUAAAACAGGGACCAUUCCCACUAAUCUGCAAGGUGUUGUGCUAGUUUUGCAAAGGAAGUGGAAAGAGAAACAACAUUGCCUCGGAGGAACUCUUAAGUGUUGGAAACUUCCCAGUAGAGCAUCGAUCGAGGACCUCCCGCCCACUUUACCUCAGUUCCACAAUACUGGAGGGGGGGGAGAGAGAGAGUUCAGCAGGCGCUGCGGUGGAUGGAGCAACAAAGGCUAUAUGGUUAAACUGGAAGAGCUUCUUUGAUAAGAACCCAGCGCUCCUUUCUGUUCUUGCCUGCUAUUUUGUAAAGCACUUCUACGCCUAAACAGCAAUUCUACAGCUGCUUGGAUCUCGCUUUGGGGACCAAGCCAGGUUCUCCUUAGUGCAAACUCUCUCUGGCAGACAGGGAAUCGCCGCAGACGAGAAAUUGAUGCUUUGGCACGGAGAAGCGCACCACCAAUCCUCUAGUUUUGCGAAAGUCUCCUACUGCUGUGUAAGGGAGGUAGACUAGUUUGGACCGAAGUGGGAUUUCCAGAAGUUGCAUGCGGGGUCUGUGUUGUGUCGAGUGAGCACUAUCCAUCUACUCUCAGGUUAUCAGACCAGAUCCGGAUAGUUGAGGUGCCAUGGCGGUGUAUGUGGGGAUAUGGGCGCUCCUGUUGGCGCUGAACAUUCAAGCUGGCAGUGGACAGAUGGUACAGAUGGACACCAGUAAGUCUGGCUUCGUGGGUUCACAAGUGGAGCUGCGCUGCGUUUUCAGCAACAGUAACCCACCAGUCAAGAUCUCCCAAGUAACCUGGCAGAAGCUUCUCAAUGGCACCAAACAGAACGUGGCCAUCGCCAACCCGGCCCUGGGUGUGUCUGUGCUGCCGCCCUUCAAGGAGCGGGUCAGCUUCAAACAUGCAGCCGUUCGUCAUCGCACGCCCUCAUUGGAAGACACCACAAUCGUGUUCUCCAACCUGCAGCUGUCCGACGAGGCUGCCUACAUUUGCGAGUAUACCACAUUUCCUGCAGGCAACCGUGAGAACAUGGUCAACCUUACUGUGUAUGCUCGGCCCAUGACGCGUAUGACCUUGACGACGCCUACGAUCGUGGCUAGGGCUCAGAAGCGUAAGAUGACAGUUGCAACUUGUGUAUCUGCGAAUGGAAAGCCCCCGAGCGUGAUCAAAUGGGAUACCAGGUUGAAAGGCGAAGCCACUUACCAGGAGACUCGCAACCAGAAUGGGACGGUGACGGUCCGGAGCAACUAUGUGGUGAUACCGAGCCGCGAGACCCACAAACAGAAGCUCACGUGCAUCGUCACGUACCGAAAUGAGAAGAUCACAGACAGCGUGGUGCUCAACGUUCAGUAUGAACCCGAGGUGCAGAUCGAGGGGUUUGAUGGAAACUGGUACCUGAACCGUCAGAAUGUUCAGCUGACCUGCAGGGCUGAUGCUAACCCCCCUGUCACGAUCUACCAGUGGAAACUUUUGAAUGGCUCCCUACCCAGCAAUGUGGAAAUCAAGAACAACACCUUGUUCUUCAAGGGUCCUGUGACCUACGACUUGGCUGGGACGUAUGUCUGCGACGCCACCAACGGCAUCGGGACUCGCACCGGCAUCGUGGACGUCAACAUCACAGAGAAGCCAAUGGCGCAGGGUCCCCCAGGUGGUGUUAUCGGGAUCCUUGGAGGUGUUGUUGCCAUUGGACUCAUCAUUGGCGUGGCUGUUACUGUUGUCAUGGUCCAUCGGCGGCAGCAGAAGACCCGCACUGAGACAGAUAAUGACCUCAUUGCUGUUGCUGCUGUUGCUGAUAGUUGUGUGACACAGGGUCCUGAGAAGCCAGAGUCCCCCACAAGGACUGACCUCCCACCUGCGCACAAACCAGCCCCUCCUCCACCCAAAAAGAAGAACAGUGACAUGAAGGGACACUUGACAUCUGAUGACAUCCAGGUGGUUCAUCUCGACAAGGAGGAAGAAAUGCAGAAGCUUCCUCUUCAGCCUCCUUAUUACGACAUGGCACCCUCUGAGUCGACCCCCUUCACCGAUAAGCCGAACUCUGGCCACAAGGACUGUGAUGUCCAGUAUGCGGAGCUGGAUACUGCAGCUUUGGCCUCCACUCCAAGCCCACGAAGCUCUGCUCACACUGGCCCUGGGGAUCUUGUCGAGUAUGCAACCAUCCAGCCUAGCUCACACUAGCGCAUGCCAUUAUAGGCCUUUCCCCUCAGACUUUGGCCUCAAGGACUCUGGGAGGCAUCCAGAAGAGCCUUUGAACCCAGCUGAAUAUAUGAGCUACCAACGUGUCUGCAACAUGGAGCAAUUCCCCGAGUCUCAGCCUGCUCCUGCUUACCCUGUUACUUUCCUGCCUCAGCACCCUUACACUCAGCACCCCUCCAACGAGCCCAUGUACUCCAACACGAGCUUCCCCACCCACGGCCCUCGAGCUCCAUUCACUUUCCCAAAGGAGCAAUCUGUGUGACAUGCCACGUAACUAUUAUCUCAGCGAGAGGCAACAUGAUAGUGCCACAAAUGCUUCGUGAAAAACAAAGCUCUGCUGAACAGAUGUGCAUCUAUCCCCACCUUGCUUCUGUUUCCUCUAUAGGCUUAAAACACUUGUGGGCUUCCCCCUGCCAUAUGAAAGUGUCCCUCAAUCCCCUGUGUAUUGUGUGCUGCUUGCUCCACUGAAGCUAUAGGGCCCCAGUUAUCUCGUGAUGUUAGCAUCCUCGCCACCAGCUACUCUCUUCCACCACUCAAUCCUUUACCCUUCACAUGUGCCCACUCAUCCUGAUUGCUUUUUAUUGCCUCCUCACCUUUGAAUAUUUUGGGUUUUGCCAACUGUCUGUACAGAAUAUGCCACUCAAAAUGUUUUCUCUAUUUUUUUUUUUUUACAUCUCCCACAGUGGUAGUGACCUUUUAUAGCAACGUGGUUCUUUUGUUUGUAUUCUGUUUGUCUGUCAAUCAUAUGCUUGCUUCUUUGAAAGUCAUAUACUAUAAUGUAUGUGUGAUCAGGUGUUUACUGGUGGACUAAAAAAAAAUAUAAGAAAUGCCAAUUAAUUUGUAAAACUAAUUAUCAAUCUGUAAUGACAUGGACUACCCCUUUAAUGACGGUUAAUGACUGGGUUGUUAUGUGAAGAGGUGAACUGGCAGUCUUUCAGCUGGAUCCUUCAUUACUUUUCAUAAUUGCUUUGCUGUUAUGAAGUUUGACUGGCUAUUUUGGACUGUUAGAAGAGAAUGUUAUCCUCAUUAGCUAAGAAGAAAAACAAAGGGCUCGAGAUCCAACAGUACCUACUUUCUGCUCACUGUCCAUGUCUCAUUAUCCUUCCCUUCAGGCUACUGUUAUUUUCAUUGUCAUCUACCAGUAGUUGCCAAAGACAUAGUUUUGCUUGGAUUUUUUUGUCCAUUUGCUUUCAUGCUAGCAAUUACAUUCAAAUUAUCUGAAGGGAAAUAAAAAAAUACUUGAUUGGCAACUUGCUACGCUUUCACAGUUUACAUUAUCCUUUUACCAUAUGCUGUAUUAAUCAUAUCUUUAUAUGAAAACGUGUUCAGAGGUUGGUUUGAGGUCCAUUACUUCAUGGGUCCAUUCUCAGAUAGCAGAUGCAUUUGGGCCUAAUCUGGAUGACUUGUUGUCACCUAAGGCUCUACCAAGUAUUGUGUAGGACAGAUAUGGCCCGCAAAUCAUGAGCCGGGCUUAGUAUGGGUUAUAGUAAAUAUCGUGCUCAAAUGUCAAGGCGAACCCGACCCCUGGAUCACAUAAAGUAAACUUGAGGUAGAUUUGAGGCAGGCAGGGUCAUUCCUGAAUCAGUGAAGUCAGUCAAGGUGGGCCACAGUUGGACCAAAUAUUCCUUGUUCUCUAGGUUGUGUUCGUUCAGAGUUAUCAACUAACUGGUGCGGGUAAAAGGUGAAGACAAUCACAUACAAGGGUUGUCCUGGAAAAAAAAAAAAUCACAGAUAAAGUGAAAAGGCUUUUUCAAGGACAGCCCACCCACUUAACAUAUUUAAAUAUUUUUUAAAUAUGAUUUGUACUAAUAUAACCUAAAUAAGUUUAAAUCAAUCUAAGGAACCGAAGAUAAAAGCUUGCUACUGUAUUUUUUUAGACAAUACUCAGUUAUAUAUGAUAGCACUCCACAUAUUUUCAUAGUCCAUUUUACACUGUUGCUUUCAGACCAUACAUAAGCUAACAUGCUUGACGAGCCAAUUUCAGGAUACCGCCUCCUACACGCAAGCCCUCUAGACACAGAAAAUUAGCAUAAACUGAAAGUUCACAUUUUUUGCCAUGUCAGAUAUAUGUUUGGAAAAAAAAAUAUAAAGAAAAGAAAAUACUUGUGUUUGUGCUCGAUGUGAAAAAAAAACCAACCUUGAGGUGUUGAAGGUAAUUUAGUGUUUACUCUUAAUGGUGAUGGUAAAUGGAAUAGAGUAAAAAUUGUGAGACUUUCUCCUGUGCUCACCUUGUUGUCUUGCAAUGGCUUGAUAUGUGUGCUAGCAUUUAGUUUAAGCAGUGGUAUCUGGUUUGAACCACUGAAGGAGUUUGUUAUCGCUGUACCUGCUGUGAGAAAAGACACUUACACACAUCUUUGUCUUUUUGUGACACAUUUAAUCUUCAAGAGAUCCUUCCUUUUUUUUAUUAUUAUUAUGAUUAUUAUUAGUAUUAUUAUUAUUGAUAAGUACUACUACAUACUAUAUAAUAUGCUAGAAUUUGGGCUUUACAUCCAUAAAAGAAAUAUAAAUUUUUACUCUGUUCCUUUUUGAUGUCCUGACAAUGAUUGCCAUGUUUGUUUUAACCUUUUGAUUUGUGUUUUGUAAGACUGUAACAUUUUGUUUUAUUACUAUUGUUUUUGUUUUGUUUUUGAUUUGUUUUUGUUGUUUUUUUUACAAUUUACAAUAUUCAUAUACAGUAAAGGAAGCCUACAUCACAUUUUUUUUGACAUUCAUUGCACAUUUGUGGAAUAGUAAAACCCAAAUAAAUAUUAUGAUUAUAAGCUCUUUUGACUGAAAUAAUGAAAGAAAGUUCAACAGUUUAACCUGUUUUUGUUUUAUUUGUUUUUAGAGAUUUUGAGUUAUGUCAAUGUAAAUAUUAACAAUGUAUCUGAUGUGUGUAAAAAAAAAAAUCAUGCAAUUUAACAUUAAAGUUCACAAACUAAA